AUGCACAGCACAGCGUACAUUGUAUGCACAGCACCAUCUACAGUGUCUGCACAGCGCGCCCUGGAACCGCAUCCCGCUGAAGACGCGCACCCUCGUCCUCAACAGGAUUGUCUCGUGCCUUGCGGGCGGGCGCAACAAGAUGAUGGCGGCAAAGGCGUAGGUGUACGAGCUAUUCAAUGCCGAAAUGUCGGGCACAGGCCUGGCAAUUCGGACGCCAGAAACCCUGACGAAUGUGUCGAAGAGCGAGGUGCCGCUGAUCGUCUCGAGCUGGGGGGGGAAUGCAGUCGUCAAAUUUGUCGUUCAGAGCUUGGUGGGGAACGCGGGGUGGAGCAGUGUGACGAGGGAGGGCAUCCAGUACCACAUUGGGAGCAUACCGGACAAGAAGGGCAAGACGUUUGUGUCGGACGUGCGGUGCAUGGUAACGGUUGGGGAGGCGGGGGGCUUCCGGCCGGUGGCGACAUAUGCAAGGCGGGCGAGGAAGCCGCUGCAACGGAAGCUCGUGAAGAACGCGGAUGGGACGUUCAGCACGGAGUCGCAGAGGCUGGUGUUGAUGGACCGGAAGUGAGUUUUGUGGAGCUGGGGGCGAAAGGCGACGGGCAGAGGGCUGACGAGGGUAGCGCUGGGCAUUUCGCUGGACGAUCUGAUCGAGGGUUAUGUGCAGACGGUGCUGAGUGUGAUCGCGAUCGACAAGCUGGCGACGCGACUUAUCGAUGCGGAGACGGGGGAGUUCAAGAUGGAGCUUUUCCGGGCGCUGAAUCCGGACGACCCUCUGCUGGAGGAGAUUCUGCAGGAAGUGCUUUUAUACAAGUUGAUUUUGUCCACAAGAUUUACAAGCCCAUGAGGUAUUCUGCAUGCCCUGGGAGAGUGCAGGAUGAGUUAAAAGCAGAUCUUUAG